AUGGAUUGUAACAAUUUUCUCAAUGACGAGGAUAUCCUAAAAGAUUAAAAUCGCAUCCAACCCUUCCUAAACGCAAUCACCCGCAACAAACACCUCUUCAAAGACAAGGUGAUAUUGGAUCUCAAUGCUGGUCUAGGCCUGAUUCCAGUGAUCCUUAGUAGAUCAGGUGCCAAACAAGUAUUCGCCAUGAAAUCACAUGAUCACGCACAAAAAAUCAUGGAAUAGAACAACGUCAACAACGUCACUCUCCACAAAAAGUCCAUCAAGGAAGUUGAAUUAGAAUGCAAGGUCGACAUCAUCAUUUCUGCCUGGAUGGGCAACCUGCUCUUCUACAGAGGAAACAUCCAGGAGUUAAUUGCAGCCAGAGACAAAUACCUCAAUAAAGACGGACUCAUCUUGCCAGACAAAGGUUAGUUGUUACUUCAGUCAAUUGAAGAUGGAGAAUACCGUGAAUAAAAAUUGACAUUUUGGUAUGCUUUCCUACCCCUAUAAUAAGGGAUUCCGUCUACGGAGUCAACAUGAAGUGGAUGAAACGAUGGGUUAAGCAUGAGCCUCUACUCGAAAGCAUUAGAUAAGACUAAUUAAAUAGUGAUCCUGUUUUAAUUUACGAGGUUGACUUGAUGAAAUGCACACUCGAAGAUCUGUCCUUCAGUAACUCCUAUCAAGUUCAAAUCAAUCGACAAGACUUCGUUACUGGAGUAAUCGUAUGGAUGAAAUAUUCAUUUACAUUCACCCAUCUACCAAUCGAUGUCAUCAUGGGUCCAUCCAAGUCCCCCUUUUGGAAACCAGUCAUCUUGUACUUCAAUGAAGAAAUACCUGCCUCCAAAGGAGAUAAGUUGAAAGGUAAAUUAGACAUACAAUCACAUUUUAGGUUCUUUGGCGAUGAAAUUCAUUUCAGAGGAUCUCAUAGAUUUAAAAUUAUCUGUUCAUACAAAACAAUACCAUUAGAUUCAAUAUUUCAGAUUGAAUUGA